AAGACCAUGGAACACAGGGAAGGCGGAGGAGCACCAGAGAGGGAGGUGUUGGACAAGCAAUGAGAUAAGGUUGGGGGGAAGGGACAUUACUGGAUGUUUGAGAAAUCAAUGUUCAUAUGCCAUCAGGUUGGAGGCCACCCAAACAGAACAUCAGGUAUUGUUCCUCCAACCUGAGUGUGGAUUCGUCACGACAGUAUAGGAGACCGUGGAUAGACAUGUCGGAAUGGUUUGAACAAAGAAAACAAUUCCCUGCUGUCAUAGAAGAUUCACAUUUGAAAGAUUCAUCACCAUGAUGUCCUCCAAGAGACUUGCAGACGUGGGUUACAAGAUGGUCUCUGGCUCGAUGAUAUUACUAACAGCAUACGGUGGCUAUCUCUGCAGUCUCCGUGUCUACCGCUUCUUCCAGAGACAAAAGGCCUUGAAGACAGCAGCUGAAGAUCAAGCCAGUGAAAUAAUAAAAGACUAAAACGCUGCUUGUUUUGUGGAAGUGAGCGGCCCCACUCCCACUCUUUAUGUAAGAAAUGAAUGCUUUAGAUUGUAUAUCCAGCUACAGGAAUUGUGUGAAUCAACAUUAAGAUCUAUUUGUUAUAAAAUGUUAGAAUAAUUCUUCUGGAAAAAAAAAGCUUUGUGUAAUUCAUUUUUUAAAAAAAAAGUUCAGUGGGCUGCUUCUUCCACAGCUUCUGUACAGAAAUGGUUAGGGGCUUAAAUGACCUUGUAUCGUCAGCUUUUGCUAGUUCUCCUAAAGGAAUUUGUUACCACCUCCAGAGGCCAAGCAACAGAUAGAAAGAACUGAAUGUAAGGGGUUUCUUCUUUUAUGUUACUGCGUAGUCUAAUUAAAAUGGCUUCUUUGUUAUGUUAACUGCUGAGAAAGUCCUCCCGCUAGCAGUUUGUUUGGAUCAUGUUCAGAAACAAAGGUUCUGAACUUAAAGAGGGGUAACUUUGAAGGUAUGAGACAUGAAUUAGCUAAGAUAGACUGGCAAAUGACACUUCAAGGAUUGACGGUGGAUAUGCAAUGGCAGGCAUUUAAAGGUUGCAUGGAUGAACUACAACAAUUGUUCAUCCCAGUUUGGCAAAAGAAUAAAUCAAGGAAGGUAGUGCACCCGUGGCUGACAAGAGAAAUUAGGGAUAGUAUCAAUUCCAAAGAAGUAGCAUACAAAUUAGCCAGAGAAAGUGGCUCACCUGAGGACUGGGAGAAAUUCAGAGUUCAGCAGAGGAGGACAAAGGGCUUAAUUAGGAAGGGGAAAAAAGAUUAUGAGAGAAAACUGGCAGAGAACAUAAAAAUGGACUGUAAAAGCUUUUAUAGAUAUGUAAAAAGGAAAAGACUGAUAAAGACAAAUGUAGGUCCCCUGCAAACAGAAACAGGUGAAUUGAUUAUGGGGAGCAAGGACAUGGCAGACCAAUUGAAUAAUUACUUUGGUUCUGUCUUCACUAAGGAGGACAUAAAUAAUCUUCCAGAAAUAGUAAGGGACAGAGGGUCCAGUGAGAUGGAGGAACUGAGCGAAAUACAUGUUAGUAGGGAAGUGGUGUUAGGUAAAUUGAAGGGAUUGAAGGCAGAUAAAUCCCCAGGGCCAGAUGGUCUGCAUCCCAGAGUGCUUAAGGAAGUGGCCCAAGAAAUAGUGGAUUUGAAAGUUGGAGGGGGAGGGGGAGAUCCAAAAUGGAUCUCCCCCUCCCCCUUUCAAAUCCCUUACUCACUCCUCCUUCAGUUAGUCCCGACGAAGGGCCUUGGCCUGAAACAUCGACUGCACCUCUUCCUAGAGAUGCUGCCUGACCUGCUGUGUUCACCAGCAACUUUUGUGUGUGUUGCUGGGAUAGAUGUUAUUCCUUCUGUGUCUGCAAGUUACUGUGAUGCGCAGAUUUUUGGGCAGAAGGUGGGAAAUGGAGAGAGAGAAUAGACCAGCUGCUGAGAGUCUGCUAAGGGGGUCAGACCCCGAGCAGGAGUCCAAGGUCCAGGGUGUCCGGUGAGGAGACGGAGAUGGACUCAUGUGGAGCAUCAAGUCGACCACCAUUGUUGGUCCCAGGCGGCAGGUCGAGUUGGUCUGAGGGGUCACAGGGUGAAGGAGGAGGGUCCUGAGCUCCAACUGUUUGUGCACGAAGAGAUUGAACUUUGAUAAGUGUGGUGCCUUUUAUAUUUUAUCCAUUAAUUAUAUAGUUCCAGUAUUAUCUACAAACUAACUCAUUUAAUUGUAUUUGGUGUAUUGUCUGUUAUUUGGGUGGGACGGGG